AUGACUGCUGAACGAAGUUGGAUGUAUGCUCGUCUCAUAGACGGUUUACUGAAUCCCAGAUAUUUAGAGGGUAUGAAUGAAUUUCUAGAGAAAGCUAAGACCUGCACAGAGUAUUUAAAUGGCGAUCAGAUCCGCUGUCCUUGUAAUCGAUUUAAGUGCCAGAACCGUAGCUUUCAAGAUGAAAAUACAGUUAAAUAUCAUUUAAUGAAGCAUGGUUUUGUUCAAAAUUACCUUGUUUGGUAUUUGCACGGUGAAACUGAAGUGCAUGACGGAUAUGGUGAUACAGAUUUAGACAUGUCUUAUGGUUCUGACAGUGUUAAUCACCCAAAUUUCAAUCGUUUUGAGGACAUGGUCAUGGAUGCAACAAGCUGUCAUGUAAUGCAUAAUGAUACAUAUGAGAUGCCAAACUCGGCUGCACAGAAACUGUAUGAUAUGUUAAAUGCAUCUAAGCAACAACUAUGGCCUGGCUGUGAAACUCACUCCCAGUUAUCAGCUGUUUCACGUUUAUUAAAUCUGAAGGCUGAACAUCAUUUCUCGGAACAGUGUUUUGAUCAGAUUUGUGAACUCAUGAAGGAGAUGUUACCGAGUGACAAUGUCAUGACGGACAGCUUUUACUCAACAAAGAGACUAGUCCGAGGAUUGGGGCUUCCUGUACAAAAGAUACACUGUUGUGCGAAUGGUUGUAUGAUUUUUUGGGAAAAUGAUAAAGAACUUACACGAUGCAAAUUUUGUGACCAUGAAAGGUUCAAACGCCUGAAGCACAACUUGGGGAAAGGGAAGAGUCAAAUACCAUACAAAAAGAUGUAUUACUUCCCCAUUACACCACGUUUGCAAAGACUUUAUGCGUCAUGUGUUACAGCUAAGUAUAUGACUUGGCACAAUGACCAUGCAACUGAGAAUGGGGUGAUGCGCCACUGUUCAGAUGCUCCUGCUUGGAAGCAUUUCAACCAAACUCAUCCAACCUUUGCACUGGAGGCCCGAAAUGUCAGACUUGGCCUUUGCACUGAUGGAUUUCAACCAUUCGGUCAAUCUGGGCAACAAUAUUCUUCAUGGCCAGUAAUACUAACUCCAUACAAUUUGCCACCAGGUAUGUGUAUGAAAGAUGAGUACAUGUUCCUGACAAUUAUAAUACCUGGUCCCAAGAAUCCGAAAGAGAAGCUUGAUGUGUACAUGCAGCCAUUAGUGCAAGAAUUGAAAGAACUUUGGGCAACUGGUGUUAAUACUUACGAUGCUUUCCAACAGAACAAUUUUACUAUGCGUGCUGCAUUAAUUUGGACUAUAAGUGACUUCCCUGCUUAUUCAAUGCUCUCAGGGUGGAGCACUGCAGGACGCACUGCAUGUCCCUACUGUAUGGAAAACACAGAUGCAUUUACAUUACGAAAGGGGGGUAAACAAACAUGGUUUGACAGUCAUCGGAAGUUCUUGCCUGACGACCACCCUUUCCGUCGAAACAAGACAUCUUUUAUUAAAAACAAAUGUGUAUCGAAGUCACCACCGCCAAUUAGAACUGGGGAAUACUUGCUAAAAGAAAUUGAGCAAAUUGGGUUGAGGCGGGUUAUAGACAUUGACAGUCAUGAAAUAAAUUGUCGGCUUUCAAAGAUAACUGGUUGGCGUAAGCGGAGCAUAUUAUGGGAUUUGCCAUAUUGGUCUUCAAAUUUGAUUCGCCACAAUCUUGAUGUCAUGCACAUUGAAAAGAAUGUAUUUGAAAAUAUUUUUAAUACAGUUAUGAAUGUGGAGGGGAAGACAAAAGACAAUAUCAAAUCAAGGGAAGAUUUAAAUGAAAUAUGCAGGAGACCAGAAUUGAAGAAAGAUCCAAUUAGCGGGAAAUAUCCAAAAGCAUGUUAUUGUUUGGAUAACCAAUCGAAGGUGAUACUUUGUGAUUGGCUUAAAACACUCAAAUUCCCUGACGGAUUUGUUUCCAAUCUAGGGAGAUGUGUUGAUAGUCGGAAGCUUAGACUUUUUGGUAUGAAAAGCCACGACUGUCAUGUUUUCAUGCAACGAAUUCUUCCUAUAGCUCUCAGAGAGUUCUUACCAAAUAAUGUUUGGCAACCAAUAACAGAGCUUAGCAAUUUCUUUAGAGAACUCACCUCAACUACACUUACUAAUGGGGACAUGCAACGGUUACAUGAACAAAUUCCUGUGAUCCUUUGUAAGCUUGAACGAGUUUUUCCUCCAAGUCUGUUUGAUUCAAUGGAACAUUUACCAGUACACCUUGCAUAUGAGGCAUUAAUUGCAGGACCAGUACAAUAUCGGUGGAUGUACCCAUUUGAGAGGUACUUGAGAAAGUUAAAGAACAAUGUUAAAAAUAAAGCAAGGGUUGAAGGUUCAAUAUGCAAUGCUUACUUGGUAGAAGAAGCAAGUGCAUUUUCUGCUCACUACUUUGAAGCACAUGUAAUGACCAGACAUCGAAAGGUUCCACGCAACUUGCAUGAAUUUGUAUCUGAUGAUGACAUACCAGGUAAAUUAAGCAUAUUCAAAUGCACAGGUAGAACUAUCGGAAAAGGAAAAUCCAGAUAUAUGACUGAAGAUGAAAUCCAAGCCGCUCAAACAUAUAUUCUAUUAAAUUGUCCAGAGGUGAAAACAUAUAUUGAUAUUUAUGUGGAGCGAGUAAAGUCGACACAACCAAAUAUCACAGAUGCAGCUGUUGAUGAAAAACUAGAGACGGACUUUGUCAAAUGGUUUUACAAGUAUGCCCAUGAAUCGCCAAACAAUGUACAAAAUCAGCUUAUGCAAGAUGUGGCGAAGGGACCACUCAGAAGUGUCACCACUUUUAAUGGGUAUUGUGUUAAUGGAUGUAAAUUCAACACAAUCAAUGGAAAUUCAAGUAGUAACUCAAUGAAUUUUGGUGUAUGUAUAAAAGGGAGUAAUUACAGUUCUGAAGAAAGUGACUACUAUGGACAGUUGGUCGAGGUGUUGCGAUUGGAGUAUCCGGGGCUACCAAUUAAGCGGACUGUACUUUUCAAAUGUGACUGGUUUGAUCCAACACCAAAUACGGGCACCAAGGUGCACCGACAGUAUAGAAUUGUUGAUAUUAACAAUAAGCGUAGCUACAGUAAGUACGAGCCAUUUGUAUUGGCCUCUCAGGCAACACAAGUCGUUUAUGCUUCAUACCCGAGCAAGCGUCGUGACAAAAAUGAUUGGUGGGCUGUGAUGAAAGUUAAAGGUAGACCCGUUGUUGAACUAUCUCAAACGUCUUCAAAGACAUAUGAACCUUUUCAAGAAGAUGACAUAGAAUAUGCUGAAGUAAAUAUCGAUGAUAUUAAUCAACAACACUGCCUCAAUGAUCCUAGCGGAGGAAUGACUGAGAUUCAUGAUGACGUUUCGACAGAUGAAGACGAAUUCCUUAGUGACCCUGAUUCUGAUGCAGAUGCAGACGGUGAUAAUGAGUACAAUUCAUAUGAAUCAGAGUAA